AUGGAUGUGCGGCACAACAUUACCGAGAUUUUCGUACACAGCCAUUUCUUCCUGCGAAAGAUACAUUACUGGCAAGGCCGCGUCUUGGCUGAUGGAGUGACGUUCCGCCACGGCGAACCCAACGGAGGUGGGUGGUUCUGGUGGUGGAAUUGGCGCGCCUUUGCCUGCAUGCUGCUGGCACUCGUGCUGGUGGGCGUGGGCACAUUGGGAACCAUGAAGAAUCAACAGUACGUGUCGAAGGAAUCACUGUGGAUCCCGGGCAAUGCCCCGAUACUUGCUGACCUGCACAAAUACGAGCGGCUCUUUGGUUCGAUGGACGCCGCGCGCAUCAUGCUCACAGCGAAUCCGGGCUACGAUCCAAACCUCAUGGAGCACGGGAUGCUCACCAGCCUCUGGCGCCUACACACCUACAUCACCACCGAGCUGACAAACUACGGCUUCACCGACUUGUGCGUCAACGUCACGCUUCUGGGCGUGACGGGCUGCUACCAAUUCAAUCCACUCGCAUUUUGGCCCGCGGGCCUCGGUCCUGGGGUGUUUCAACGGCCCAGCUACAAUGUGGGCGCAGCGAUCAACGAUCCCGCGUCCCUCUUUCUCAACCCGUGGACGCGAAUAGAGGACAUCUUUGGUGGAAUUACCAGAGUGAACGGCAAGAUCGUUGCUGUCGCGGCGCUGCAGGUCCACUACUUCUUUGACAGCUCGCCCCAACGACACGCGACCAACCCCGAUUGGGUCGAGGUCCUGCAAAGCUUUGAAGACGCUCUCCUCGACGCGCUGAAGCGAUACACGUUCGCCGAGAUCGCGCCCAACAUCAACCUGUCCUACAACAAGGAGGUCUACUCGUCCAUGAUCGCUGACUGGCCCUACUUGGGCGCUAGCGUCUGCAUCAUGUUGGUCAUUCUGGGUCUGGCCUUCCUGUCGAUGGAGUUCGUCCACCACUCCCGGGUCUACCUUGGCAUCAUCGCCGCCUUGACCGUCGCAUUUGUCAUCACCUCCACCCAAGGGGCCGCCUCGGUGCUGUUCCUCAGCGAGACCGUGUUCGACACCUAUGCCAUCUUCCUGGUCGCCAUCAUCGGCCUCAACCACCUCUUCAUCAUCAUCCACACCUACGAUCGGGUGAUCGACAAGGAGCUGUUGAAGCCGGAGCCGCAGUUGCAAAAGGGCCACGUCAACCAGGGCAGCGUGCAGGCCAUCGACAAACAGGCCACGUUCCGGCUCCUCGUCACCGAAACGCUGGCCGAGGCCAUGCCCUCCAUCACCGCAGUCUACCUGAUCGGCAUCCCCAUCUUCGGCAUCGGCAUUCUUUCGGAGUACUGCUUCGAGUACGAGCCCAUAGCUGGGCUGAUUUCGAUGAGCGCCACGUGCGGCUUCGGGCUGUUGGUCCUCUACAUCACCAUCAACCUCCUGUUCCUCCCGGCUCUGGUCCUGGAUGCCCUGCGCGUCGUGGUACAGCCAACCCACUCGCCCGUUUCUGUCGUCGCCGUCGUUGACCGCUCUCACGCUGUGCAGGAGAAUCGGACGGACGUGCUGUUUCUCAAGAGGGAGCGGGAGCACUUCACCCGCUCUGCGCCGGUGAUCGGCGACGUCAUCGAGGUCGCGAGCGAUCUCGCGCUCCCGCCGCCACCGCCCUACGAGAGGCUCUGCCACGUUCUCUUCCGCAAGGCCAUCUCGCCCGUCAUGACCAAGCUCCCCGUCAAAAUUGCAAUCAUCUCGUUGAUUGUCCUGACCGUGGGCCUCUCGAUCUUCGUGAUCGGCAGCACCCAGUUCGCCUUGAGUCCCCACCCGCGCCAAGACAACUUGCCCUCCGAGAACUACCUGGCAGCGUACUAUAGCGUUCAGGAUGAGUUCUUCUCCAAGGCUGGAACCCCCGUGUCGUUGGUCAUCACUCACGCAGACUACACCAAUGAGAAGACCCUGGCCACCAUCAACUCAUUCUUGCAUAAGGUGGAGGAUUCAGGGUGUGCACGACCGGGGUCGAUAGCCAAUUGGUACAGCAACUACAUCAUGUACCUGGUAUCGAAGGGCCAAAACAUCACCGACUUCUACCAGCCCCAGGACGGCACCAAUACUACCAACAUUGCCCUGUGGCUGGACUCCCCUUCGGGCGGCCAGUAUGCCAAGGCACUCAUCUUCCACAACAACGGCACGGUGAAGGCGGCGGCGUUCACAUUCAACAUGGCCCCGCUCCCCGCCAGCGACAAACAACACGCUCUCGAGAACGCGCAUCAUCUGCGGGAUAUGGUCAAGUCGGACAGCGCCAUUCAGAAGAUCAGCGAGGGGCAGGCCAUCAUCUUCUCGGACGAUUUCAUUUACAUCGAUGAGCCGUGGAUCCUCACCAAGGCCUGGCUCGCCAAGAUCAUCGUCUACCUGGUCCUCUUCUUUUUGCUCAGCCUUUUGUUCUUGGACGCGAGGUCGGUCGCGCUGAUCGUGCUCGGCACCGCCUGCGUGGCGUCGCUCAUCUACGGCAUCAUCAUGCACUUCCUCUCCAUGAACAUAUCCAUCUAUUCGAUAUCGUGCCUCAUCAUGGUGGCGAUGGUGAGCUUCGACUUCCACUUCCAGAUCGCCUACUUCUGGAUGCGCGACAAGGGAACGCGCACCUCGCGCCUCAUGAACGUCGUCACCCAGAUCGGCACAUCGCUGUGCUGUGCAUACUUUGCGCAGUUCUUGGGGAUGAUGGUGCUCAUGUUCUCGCUGUCGUCGCCGAUCAACCGCUCGUUCGCCUACCUCUACGUGUCGACCACCUCGUUCUCGUUCGUCUUCUCGGUCAUCGUGCUGCCCAUCAUCCUCUCGUGGGUGGGCCUGCGGCGCACCCGCAUCGUGUUCCACCGCAAGUACAAGAGCGUGCUGGGCGGCAUGAUGUGGGACCAGGGCCACAGCGAGCGCGAGCAGGACGGCGACAACUACUGGUCGUCGGACGACGAGAGCUCCUUCUACCACGACACCGACAAAGAGGUCUACCGCAGCGACAACCUCAACAGCGGCAACUACGACAACUUUGGCAGCGAGCCGGGGAGCUACGGCGGCGGCGGCUUCCAGUACAGGGAGCGAGAGGCGACGGAGGAAGACGACAACCAGGUGGGACGAAGGCGGCCGACGACACGAAGCGAUGGCAGGCCAGCAGCAGAGCCACCAUCAUCAUCGUCGAUGCCGCGGGUGGCGUCGGGCGGCGUGGAGGUCAUCGCGCGCAGCCUGGCCGGCGGCGGGCACGAGGUGACGCUCGAGCAGCUGUUCGUGAUGGCCGAGGUGGCCGGCUCGCAGAGGGCGGAUACGUAUCAAGUGCUGACGUCAUCCGGCAACGUCGCGCUGCCGCCCGCGGCCACCGAACAACGGCGACGGACCGCCGACGUGGUGGUUACCAGCGGCGGCGGCAGCAGCCCCAGCGCGAGCUUCAAGGCCAAGCUCACGAGCGAGAGCGCGCACAAGCGGACGGCGAGCGGCCUGCGCGAUCUCUUCUUUGGCGGUUCUACGUCCAACGCCGAUAGCGGUGUCGGUGGCGGCUUGGCGCCCACGGACGGCCUGGACUCCUUCCCUUCGCCCUCGCCCGUCCCUCCUGGCUCCGUGCUGUACGCCUCCUCCCCCAACCGCUCUCGCCUUGGAUUGAUGCUCUCGAGAUCGACGGCGGCCGGCUCAUGCUCACCCCCACCACUUCUGUUCAGCAGGGACAGCGGGAGGUGGUCGCGGGAGAGCAGCUGGCUUUCCUCAGCCUCAUCGCGAAACGGGGGCGGCGACGGCAAGUGA